AUGGGCGCGGACAAGCCUAACGGAAUCGUCAACUACUGUAGGCGACCUCCACAGAGGCCCUUCUUGAAGAGAAUACAGUACGCGAUAUGGGAUCCUGAAGAAAGAACUUUUUUAGGAAGAACUGGCAAGCGUUGGGGCGUGAUUGGCUUGAUAUAUUUGGUGAUGUACAUCUGCAUCAUCAUCUUCUUCUCCAUCUGCAUGUGCGGUCUGCUUUCCGCGAUGGAUGAGAGGAUACCUUACUUCACCCUCAGCGAAUCCAUUAUUGGAGAUAAUCCUGGCAUGGGACACAGACCGAUCAUUUUAGAAAAUGGCGCUCUCAUAUGGUACGACUCUAAGAACAUGACGCAGAUCAACAGAUACGUUGACAACAUCAACGAGUUUUUGGCGCCCUACGAAAACACCUCCUUGCUUGUCAACAAGGGCGUCAACCAGAGAAACUGCAGCGAUUCAAAGCCACCUCGCAACGAGGUCUGCUCCUUCGACAUCAAACAGUUCGGUCCCUGCUCCAAGGAAAACCACUUCGGAUACAGGAACAAAACGCCCUGCAUCAUUAUAAAACUUAAUAGGAUAUUCGAUUGGAAUCCAAAGUUAAUCGACGAUCCAGAGAACCUGCCUCCUGACAUGCCUCCCGAUCUAAAGAACUAUAUUAACUCUACAACUACGCUGAAAGAACGUCGCAACAUUUGGGUGUCUUGUAUGGGUGAACGACCGGCAGACGUUGACGCUCUAGGACCCUUGAAGUACUGGCCCUACCCAGGGCUACCUGAGAUAUAUUUCCCUUACGACAAUACUCCCGGCUAUCUCAGUCCUCUGGUUGCAGUGCAGCUACUAAAUCCCAAAUUGCAUCAAAUCAUCAACAUCAGAUGCAGAGCGUGGGCUCACAACAUCAAGUUCACGGAGAGCCUCAAGGAACGUCUCGGCUCCACGCAUUUUGAGAUCAUGAUCGACUAAAUAUGCAUAUCAAAGUUUCGUAGUCACCUUCAGUAGGACUUGUACAAGUUACUGUU